UAAAAAACAACAACCAGCGCAUCCAAGAAUUGAAAAAAUAAAGAAAUUAAAAAAAAAAAAAAUAAAAAGUACAAAGGAAAAACUAAACAGAAACCGAAACAAACCAAAUCAAACCUGAUCAUGGAAGGUUCAUUUGUUGAUUGAUGGAGAUAUAGCCGGUUUCAAUAGUUCAACACACCACUCGGUAGUACAAAAAGUAAAACGAACGUUUUAUUCGUACACACAAAAGAAAGAGAAAUUUUUCGAAACCAAAUAAAAAAAAACAAUGCGGUAAGCGACUGGCAGACAACUCCCGAUCGGUACUUGAGAAAAGGCUGGCUUGACUAGGCUAGGCUAGGCUACCUGGAUGGCUGACUUGGCAUUGUUAGCAUCGGGAACGAAACCCGAUUUCAACACAAUGUGGACAGUCUAGAAAUGCCAAAACACAAGGAGGGAAAACAAAAGAAAGCACCAGGUUUUCCGUGUUGAGCCCCUCCUCUUUUGCUCUUUGUUUUCUUUGUUGUAAGGUGAUACUACCAGUCGACUCUUCCAUCACGUUAUAAAGAUGCACUCCUGUAUGCACCAGGAGCAUUCAGGUGUAUGUAUACAGGAGCAUGUGAUUAUUGUGUACCACUAUGUAUGAUAGUAGGUAGACCGACCCGAUUGUUUUUAUUUUGGUCAUGAGAAGACAAGGAAAGGGAAUUCGAAAUCAGAAAAAAAAAUUUAAAAAAAAAACAAACAAACAAACAAACAAACAUGUAUAUAUCAGCGAUAUUCUUUCAAUUUUUUCCAACAAAACAUCGUUGAAAAAAGUAUUGUUUGGGUUCUUCAUUUUUCUUUUUUCAUUUUUCUUUUCUUUUCUUCUGUGCUGGAUUUUCCUUGCGGUUUUAUUUGUUUACCUUGUUCACCUCACCUCGUUGAUUACUUUGGUUUCUUUUCUCGUUCCGUGGUGGACUAGUAUCUGUAUGUUGUUUUGCAAAUGCAAAAAGUUCUACAGUAGACCCACUUUGCGAGAACGAACGUAUCCAUUAUUUCAUCCUUCAAAAGGAAAAAACCAUUCCGAAGACUCCUUCCUUGUGUUGUCCUUUUAUACCAGGAGGUUUGUUUCAUCUUUCCUUAUCCAUAUACCAUAAUCUUCUUUCCGUUCCGUUCCACUUCCGUAAUGGACUCAUCCCGACCUCUGUUGCGGCUAUUCCAUAUAGCGCGAUUUUGUGUUGUUGAACAUCGUGGCGUCUUGUUGGUCGUCGUUCCUAUGUGAGGAAGAGUUGUGAUUUUACCAACUACCGUUCUCAGCGGCAAGUCUCUGUAGCCUAAACAAACAAAUCCUCCCCCCCCCCCAAAAAAAACAAGUACCCCAAGACACACACAAAAACAAAAAUCCUUCUAGAAAAAAUUUUUUUUUUUAUGUUUUUGUUUGAUUGAUUUUUAUUUUUUAUUUAUUUAUUUUUUCUUUUAAUAAGACAAGACUGGUUCUUGGUUUAUUUUUUGUUUUGGUUUUUCUAGACUACGUGCAUCGUCGGGUGGAAAGACCUUUUUCGGUAUCCACCAGAUACGUUUUGCCGGACAGACCUCCUUCCCAGACUGGUGGAACGUAAACAGCAAUCUAAUUCAAAAAAGCGGUUUCCCGCUUUCUAUACACUUUAUAAAACUAGACCACCAUAAACAAAGAACAAUUUGAAAACAACGAGGUUUCUUCGUUUCCUCUUUUUUUUUUUCCUCUCUCUCUCUCUCUCUCUUCUCUUUAGUUGAAUAGUUUUGUGUGUUGUCCCUCUGUUUGUCAGCGUUGUCCACGUUGUUUGUGUGUGUGAUUUCCUUGUUUCAUUGGAUUUUUUGCUUCUGCUUUUCCUUUUCUUUUCAUUUCGUUUCUUUUCGUUUCUUUUUUUCCCUUUUGUAAUCUCUUCUUUUGGGUAGGCCCUCUACUUGUUUCUUCAAAGUAUACCCCCUUUCCGUUAUAGAAUUUUGCUACCCAGCGGUUUAUUUAUUGAUAUCUUCGUUUCUUUUUUCUAGUUCGUCUUUAUUCUUUUUUUUUAUUUUUUUAUUUUAUUUUAAUUUUUUUUGGGAUUUAAUAUAGCUUUUUCUUCUCCAUCCCCUCCGUUGAUUACCGAAUGGGUCUUUUGAAACAACGGUAUCAUGAACUUUUGGACUUGCGCGUGCGUGGUGAACGCCUUCCCAUAGCAAGGCGUCUUCAACACUUUACUUGGGCGUGGUUUGCUUCUACAAUGGGUACAGGUGGUAUUGGUAUGAUCACCUCCUUGUAUUACUUUCGGUUCACUGGUCUCAACACUCUUGGGAAAAUCGUCUUUGUCUUUCAACUUUUUAUAUUUUCCCUUUUUACUAUAUGCAUUCUCUUUCGCUUCCUUCGUUACCCUGGCACCUUUUGGAAAUCUUGGAAUAAUGCUGGUGAAGUGGUGUUUAUGCCCACGUUUCUCCUUUCCAUCGCCACCAUCAUUAGCAAUUUCUAUCCGUAUGCCUAUCCUUACACUGGUGAAUGGAUGGUGUGGACCAUCCGCAUUACCUAUUGGACUUAUUUUGCCUUCGCCUGCAUCGUCUGCGUCAGUCUCUUUUAUACCCUUUUUCGUAACCAUCCAUUCCAAAUGGGUACCAUCAUUCCUGCCAUUAUUCUUCCCAUCUUUCCCUGUAUGAUUUGUGGUGUUGCCGCCAGUGCCAUUGUCGAGUCUCAACCCCCAGAGCAGGCAAAGAACAUGAUCGUUGCCGGUAUUGCCUUUCAAGGAUUAGGUUUUUGGGUCUAUCUUCUGUUGUACGGAAAUAAUUUGUUACGUCUCUUCACCACAGGCCUUCAACCUGCCGCUGACCGUCCGGGUAUGUUUAUCCUGGUAAGCCCUCCUUCCUACACGGGUCUUACUCUUUUGGAUCUUGCUUUCGGUGCCGUUCACAAGCACCACCCCAUUUUCGUCUCCAAGAAUUCCCCCGAAUGGCUAUUGUUUAUCUGCACCUUCUUGGCCAUCUUCAUGAUCGCCUUGGGUGCUUUCAACUUUUUUGUUGCUUUGAUUUCCGUUAUUACUGGUUUCUUUUCUCCUGGAAAACUUAAAUUCAAGGUUUCCUGGUUUGCUAUGAUCUUUGCAAACGGUGGUCUCGUCAUGGUUAUCCAAGAGCUCGGCAAGGCCGUUGAUUCCAGAGCGCUUGAUGUUCUUGGUCAAGCCUGCGGUAGUCUCAUAUCCGUCGUUUGGGUUAUUUUGAUUAUUCUUGCUGUUCGUGCCGUAUACGUCCAAGAACUGCUUUAUCCUGGAAAGGAUGAAGAUGUCAACAUCCUUCCUCCCGAAGUUCUCGAGUACUACAAAAAACUCGAAUUAUUUGACGAUGAUAGCGAAGCUGCAAAAAGUGGUCAUGGCUCCUUCGAAGCUGAACAUCGCAAACAUGAUCACGUUUCUCUUAAAGAAGUCGACCACGAUCAAAUUUUAUAAUGUUUUGUCUUUGGUUUGACUUUCCCACAUGUUGAAAAUAAAAAAAUUAGAAAAACUUUGGAUACUCUGGCUUUUUUUUCUCUUUCCCUUUCUUUUUGUUUUUUUUUUCCUUUGGACUUCUUCCCUAUGUGGCCUCGAGAUUUGGAUGCUAUGAUUGGAUUGUUUGGUUUGGUUAGUGUUGUUUUUAAUUGUUUUAUAAUCGUUUUCUUUGCAUUAGUCCUGUUUCCGUUGAAUUGGAUACCUUAGAAGCCUAAUAUCCUCUUCCUCCUUUACCAUUUAAUCUACCUCCUUUGCACGAAACGAAACGUUUAUCCAAUCCAAAAAAUUUUCUUUUUUCAAUUUGUUGCUAUUUUCAUCUAUACCUAUAUACGGACCUAGACUUAUACUUUACCUUUGUUAAUGUUGUGAACCGUUGCUUAAUUUUAUUUCCCUCUUUUGUCUUAGGCAGAUCAGGAUGGAGCACGUUGGCUAAAUAUGUUGAAAUGAAACCUAGAGAUUGCUUUUGUUUAUCACUACAUCUACUACUCAAUUUUGAAUUUGUUGUUAUUAACUUAAUACUAAUAAUUUGCUUUAAUUGUUAGAAAGAAUACUGGUAAUUUGAAUAAACCAUUGAUGUUAUAUUUUAUUGUAAA